AUCAAGCAAAAUGCGUUUCCUUAUUAACACUUUUCUUUUAAUAAGCAUUUUUGGUUGGGCUUCAGCCGGAUAUUUAUCCCAUGGACAUGCUACUAGCUAUGCUUCAAUGGUUAAGCAUGAGGUGCCUGUUAAAUAUGAAUGGGCCGAUAAGCAUGUUCACCAUGUUCACCACGAUCACCACGAUUACAAGCCAUAUCAUGUUGAUGUCGAACAUGAUUACUAUUCCCAUCCAAAAUAUGAAUUCGAAUAUGGAGUUAAGGAUUUAAAGACCGGCGAUAUUAAAAAACAAUGGGAAACACGUGAUGGUGAUUUAGUCAAAGGCACUUACAGUUUGAAAGAAGCCGAUGGUACCACUCGUGUGGUGGAUUAUAAAGCUGAUAAGCAUCAUGGCUUCAACGCUGUGGUCAAGCAAUUGGGUCAUGUCGCACAUUCGAAAGUUUACGAACAUGCUGACGUUCCCGAUUAUCAUUAUGGACACGGUCAUGCUGAUAGUUAUGCUCAUGUUAAAUAUUUAUGAACGAAAGAUUAUAUCUCAGGAUCAGAAAGUAUUUAAGAUGAUCGAAAGCAAGCAGUUAAAUGUGAUAUCUAU